GCUCUCCCAACCGAAAGCUCGCUCAAUGAAUCAUCGCCUUCGUUUACACCGGUUGAUUUAGUGCAGUAUUUUGGAGCAAGUCCGCGCAGGAAGGAGCACUAAAACGCGCUUAUGCCACACACAUCGCCAUCCUUUAGUUCAUUUGACUAGGGCGGCGGAGCGUGCUUUCCUGGGCUCGCUUCCUAGGUUUUGGUUGGGGAGGCAGGAGAGGGACUACGGCGCUGGUCCCGAGAGUCGAGAGAUGAUGGAGCUAGAGUCGGCCAGUAACAGGGGCGAACUGGGAGCUAUGGGAGAUCCCUUGCAGCCACAGACACCCAGCAGGCACGAAAAAAGCCUGGGACUCCUCACUGCUAAGUUUGUAACUUUGCUGCAAGAGGCGAAAGACGGAGUACUGGAUCUGAAAGCUGCUGCAGACACCUUGGCAGUGCGGCAGAAGCGGCGGAUCUACGACAUCACUAAUGUGCUGGAGGGAAUUGGACUGAUAGAGAAAAAGUCCAAGAACAGUAUCCAAUGGAAGGGUGUGGGUCCAGGUUGUAACACCAGGGAAAUAGCGGACAAACUGAUUGAUCUGAAGGCAGAACUUGAUGAUCUGGCCAUUAGGGAACAUGAGCUGGACCAGCAGAGAGUCUGGGUGCAGCAGAGCAUCAAGAAUGUGACAGACGACUCCAACAAUAGUCCUAUGGCAUAUGUCAAACAUGAGGACCUCUGUGGAGCUUUCAAAGGUGACACCCUCCUAGCGAUACGCGCCCCCAUUGGCACGCAACUAGAGGUGCCCAUACCAGAAGCUGUUAUGAAUGGACAAAGAAAAUACCAGAUCCGUCUGAAAAGUUCAUCGGGCCCCAUUGAAGUUUUACUGGUCAAUAAGGACUCCUCCAGUGCCUCUCCAGUAGUUUUGCCUGUCCCGCCUCCAGACGACGUCCUUCAGAGCCUCCCAGCAUCGUCAGCCUCCUCCCAGGCUCCUAAAGCAGUUCCAGAACCGCCAAAGCUUGGUUCUGCCUCACCAUCAGCCAUUGCAGCCAGCCAGCCAACCUCAGUUACAGAAGUGACCAGCACCACACCACUCACUCCAACCACAGACGCCCCUUCUGCCAUUACUCAGCAACUUCAGUCCUCCGCCUCAUUGGAUGGAUCUGUGUCAUCUUCAGCAUCCGCAGCGUUUGAACCCAUUAAGUCGGACCCGUCUGAGCUGCUGGACUUUCCCAAAGAGCUCUCAGAAAUGUUUGAUCCAACGAAAGAGAUUAUGAGCGGCGAUUUGUUGGAGGACCUCAUGUCCUCAGAAGUUUUCUCGCCUCUCCUGCGUCUGUCCCCGCCACCUAGCGACCAUGAAUACAUAUACAACCUGGAUGAGACAGAAGGCCUGUGUGACCUCUUUGACGUCCCCAUUCUUAACCUCUGACCCCCAAAGAUGGCCGUCACAGCGGCGCAACUCCGAGCUAUCGUUCCCCCUCAUGACCCCCCCCCCCCUUCACCAACAGUGAAGGUGAGCAGCAAACAAAUGGCAUCAGUGUUGACAGACUCCUAUGAACAGGGAGCUCAACCUGAGCUCCGUAGCGCCACGAGGGACAACACAACGUUUUUAUUUGAAGCUUUUCCAAGAAUCAAAACACACACAAAAAACACAAAAUCUAUUUUUGGAUUCUUGUUUAUAUGUAAGUGUCUCACUGAUGUUUGAACCUGCAAAUGAAUGUGUGUUGGCUUUACACGUGUGCGUGCAUACUACGUGUGUGUGUUUUGGAUGCUUGUGUGUAUGAAGUCCGAUGUCUUCAGGAAGAAAAAAAAAAAACAGAAACAUUUUCCUAUCAGGUCCAGAGUCAUGGCGGACUAAUGGAGCGCAGCCUUUAUCACCCACCAGCUGCUCAUACAUGGUUUGAAUCAGUCCAAACGCAGCUGGUUAAAUAUGCACUAUCUUUGUGUACAUAAAGAAUAUAUAUUUUGUCUUAGCAGCGCACCCGCCAAUUGUCUAAUGAAUUGCAUUUGUAACACAAGCAGAUCUAGUUGGUUGAUAUAGCUAUAUACUCAUAUAGCUGAUUCCUGUAUAGUCACUUGUGUAUUUUAUUCCUCCAUACUUUUUAUGUAUGCUAACUAGAAUAGCGUUUUUAUCUGCUAGAAAUUUUAAAGGGAUUGUUGCCUUUCAUUUGAGGCUAUACAAACUAUAGGAGAUGGAAUUUAUCAGCGCUAUUUUCCAGAUCAUCAGAACAUCAUGUCUGGAUGUACCUUACAUCACACUGAACACAUGGUCACGAAUUACUUAGUCCAGGAUCACCAGCCAGCCAUUGUGUUUGCCUCAUCCUUCAACAAAUCAGGAGUGCUUUGGAGCUUAGGGGAGAUGAUUCAGCACAACUUACCGAGUAAUGUGUGUGUGUGUGUGUGUGUGUGUGUGAGAUGGAAAUUAAGUUACUAGGCCCCAUGGCUGUUUUUUUUUUUUAAACAGGCAAUGUGUAUUUGCAUCAGAUGAAAUAAAAUAAACACUGAUAUCUCUUUAGAUUGUCUGGCUGUAUCCCAUUGGUGAGACUUGUUGGUCGUAUACCUGUAAAAAGUGAAAAUGCAGCAAGUAAAGCUUUAAUAUUCCAAUGUCACUCAGUCUUAAAUAAGGAAUGAUGUAAAAGUCAGUUUGGAGGAAGUGUACAACAAAUGAAAGUAAAGGCACCAGUGUUUGGGGUUGUUAUCUGUGACAGUAUAAAUGUGUAUUAUUUCAAGACGACAGUGUUUUUUGUUUGUAUUCAAUGACUGCAUCCACCAUUUAAAGCAUUCAUUCCAUAUAAAAAGUGGAGUGAUUUAUCAGUUCUAAUCUAGGUGCACGAGCUACUGAUAUUUAAUCAUUUCCCCCAAAACGCCUCAGGGGGGCAGCUCGUUCACGUCCACUCAGACGGACGUCCUUUUAGGAACGUAAACACGGCCAAAUGUAGUGAAGGUAGUAUCGGGGACUUUAGAUGCAGGUAGUGAAAUCCCAAGUUAU